AACUUUGAGAACCUCUGAAAGCUGACUGCUAUCGCAGUGUCUAUGGGAGUGCCAUCCCCUUAAGCAGACAACGGUAAAAGGCCUGAUUGAACUAUCUUCAUUUAUCCACCAUAUUUGAUGAAACUCCCAAUCGAUCACUCGGUGCUCUUUUGACCGUCCUGGAUGAACCAAGAGCUGUGUUGUUUUUCCUAACUGGCUCUGGCACAGGAGAAAUGGUAGCUAGCUAGCAUUCUGUGAAAAUUUGUCUAACGCACGACUGUGAUUAUCUGAUCGAAAUAAUGAAUUUACUACCAUCAAACGCACAUGGGAACGGACUACUGUACGCGGGAUUCAACCAGGAUCAUGGAUGCUUUGCUUGCGGAAUGGAGAAUGGGUUUAGAGUGUACAACACAGAUCCACUCAAAGAGAAAGAAAAACAAGGGACACAGCAUUGUGACAGCGAGAGCCAAGAGUUCAUGGAGGGCGGGGUCGGGCAUGUGGAGAUGCUGUUCAGGUGUAACUACCUAGCGCUGGUUGGAGGAGGAAAAAAGCCCAAAUACCCACCUAACAAAGUGAUGAUCUGGGAUGACCUGAAGAAAAAGACGGUUAUAGAAAUUGAGUUCUCCACGGAGGUCAAAGCAGUGAAGCUUCGAAGGGACCGGAUCGUGGUGGUCCUGGACUCUAUGAUCAAAGUGUUCACGUUCACCCACAACCCUCAUCAGCUGCAUGUGUUUGAGACCUGCUAUAACCCCAAAGGUCUGUGUGUGCUCUGUCCCAACAGUAACAACUCUCUGCUGGCGUUCCCGGGGACCCACUCUGGGCACGUGCAGAUCGUAGACCUUGCCAACACAGAGAAGCCUCCAGUGGACAUCCCCGCCCAUGAGGGGGCGCUGUGUUGCAUCGCCCUCAACCUGCAGGGAACCAGGAUUGCCACUGCCUCCGAGAAAGGGACCCUGAUCAGAAUAUUUGACACCAUGGCAGGCCACCUGAUUCAGGAGUUGAGACGAGGGUCACAGGCUGCUAACAUCUACUGCAUCAAUUUCAACCAGGAUGCGUCCCUCAUCUGUGUGUCUAGUGACCACGGUACAGUCCACAUAUUCGCUGCAGAGGACCCCAAGAGGAACAAACAGUCCAGCCUAGCCUCGGCCAGUUUCCUUCCUAAGUACUUCAGCUCCAAGUGGAGCUUCUCCAAGUUCCAGGUUCCAUCAAACUCGCCAUGUGUGUGUUCCUUCGGAACAGAACCCAACUCUGUCAUAGCCAUUUGUGCUGAUGGCAGCUACUACAAGUUCCUGUUCAAUCAGAAGGGGGAGUGUUCCCGAGACGUCUACGCACAGUUCCUGGAGAUGACAGACGAGAAGAUCUGACCUUUCACCCUACCACAUCCUGCAAACGGACAGACGUGUACAUGGCGGAUGGGUUUAUUUUCUGGAGCAGGAGGACGAGGGGGAUGGACAGAAGGAGGAGAUGAUGUUUCUGCUCACCCACUGCUGAUGAACUCUAUGUGAAGCGUCAGAGGGAAGGUGAGAGAGACACCAUCUCGUAAACAUCAGAGGAAUGAAAGAUGUGCCGAGAGAAUUCAGGACUGAGUGCCCUCUGACAACCUACUUAAAGACUCCCUGUACAACUAGACAACUACAGCAAGACGGGGACGAGAACACUCUAACGGACGUCACCUGGGCCUCCUUGUUCUGCUAGUCCGGGGACGAACGCGGGAGACUUGCUUUUUAAAGAUGUCUUCCGUGAAAUGUACGAUGAUCGGGCGGUUAUUUUUUAAAGGUGUAUAGCGUUGAUUCUAACAGGUAGAUGCAUAGAAAACAAAUCUUGUCAACUAACACCGCCUAAUCUAACUAUAGGGAGUGCCUCUGAGCUGAAUCGAGAGUGGAGUGUGUGUAUAUACUCGCAUACAUACAGUACAUUCAGAAAGUUCAGACCCCUUCACUUUCUAUAUUUUGUUACAUUACAGCCUUAUUCUAAAAUUAAAUAAUUUUUUUCCCAUAUUAUAAUCUACACACAAUACCCCAUAAUGACAAAGCGAAAACAGGUUUUUAGAAAUACCUGAUUUACAUAAGUAUUCAGACCCUUUGCUAUGAGACUCAAUUGAGCUCAGGUGCAUGCUGGUUCCAUUGAUCAUCCUUGAGCUGUUUCUACAACUUGGAGUCCACCUGUGGUAAAUUCAAAUGAUUUGGAAACGCACACACCUAUUUUAUAUAUUGUCCCACAGUUGACAGUGGAUGUCAGCAAAAACCAAGCCGUGAGGUCGAUGGAAUUGUUUGUAGAGCUCUGAGACAGGAUUGUGUCUGUGAUGACACCAAGAUUGAACUCUUUGGUCUGAAUGGCAAGUGUCACAUCUGGAUAAAACCAGGCACCAUCCCUAUGGUGAAGCAUGGUGGUGGCAGCAUCAUGCUGUGGGGAUGUUUUUCAGUGGCAGGGACAGGGAGACUAGUCAGGAUCGAAGGAAAGAUGAACGGAGCAAAGUACAGAGAGAUCCUUGAUGAAAACCUGCUCCAGAGCGCUCAAGACCUCAGACUGGGGAGAAGGUUCACCUUCCAACAGGAAGGUGACCCUAAGCACACAGACAAGACAACACAGAAUUGGCUUCGGGACAAGUCUCAAUGUCCUUGAGUGGCCCAGCCAGAGCCUGACUUGAACCUGAUCGAACAUCUCUGGAGAGACCUGAAAAUAGCUGCGCAGCGACGCUCCCCAUCCAACCUGACAGAGCUUGAGGAUCUGCUGAGAAGAAUGGGAGAAACUCCCCAAAUACAUGUGUGCCAAGCUUAUAGUCAUAUGCAUGAAGACGAGGCUGUAAUCGCUGCCAACAAAGUACUGAGUAAAGGGUCUGAAUACUUAUGUAAAUGUGAUAGUUUUUAUUUUUAAUACAUUUGCAGAAUGUGUAUAGAUUGAGGGGGAAUGAUUUAAUUCAUUUUAGAAUAAAGCUGUAACAAAUGUGGAUUAAGUCAAGGGGUCUGAAUACUUUUCAAAUGCACUGUGUAUAUAUACACAAAUUGCAUGGGUGGGAUUUCACAAGGUAAGGCCAUUGAGUUGGUCAGAUAACUUUGAAAUAAAUAUUUCAAUCAUCGUACAGUUGAAGAAUUGAGUCAGUUUAAAAGUUCCUAUUUUGAUAUGAACUUGAUAUUAAAAGGCUGAGUAUUUACGGCGGUUAUCUGGUUAACCUCAGUGAUUCCUCUUGGUGAAACACCACCCUGGUAGAGCUAGGUUUAGCUUUUACUCACUGUAUAAACACAAUGAAUACGCCAGACUGAACAUAUGUAACUUACAGCAUAAAAACUGUACAGAAUUAGAAGACAUUUUCUGAUUAACAAGUGUUAUUGUUUCACUCUUCCUGCCAUUUUCAUGUCGCUGUGUGUGUAUGUAUGUGCAAUAUUCUUUACAGUAUGAGUCUACAUGAGGAUGAGGCGAAUUAGUACCUAUAAGCCGACCCAAAAACACUGAUUUUGGGCUAGAUUCAAUCCGAUUGCCCCUAUGCGGCUAUGUACCUUUUUAAAAGCAAGAUUUCCGUGUUCGCAGAGACUGGAUUCAUGGUAAACGCUGCAUGUCGGCUCAAUCGGAAAUGAAUGUCAAUCAAGCUAUAAUGCAGCUCUUCUGUGGUCCGGAUUGAAUCUAGGCCCAAGUACUUUGAUUAGGAUGAAAACUCAAUGUAAAGGUCAAACUUGAUCAGUCUCCGGAUGAUAAUUUGAAUAACGUACAUCUUCUUAACGGAUCCUCAGACAAGCUUAAUUUGUUCGGGUUUAUCAUACAUCCGUUCAUGAAUUAAUACAACCGUUUUCCCAGAGCCAAGCCUUCCCAAGUCAUUGUGUGAACUGAUGAACUGUUUUGCCAUGAUCACAGUGAAUAGAAAAUACAGUUUCCACCCCCUGUGCUUACAUAAAUAAAAAUAAAAAAAUGCUUUCAAGAUUAAGUGAUCAGAUCCGCUUUAGUCGACAUCCGCAUAGUGGUUGUUUUGGCAUUGGGACUGCGAUAGAGCUGUCAAAUCCACAAGCAUCUCCUGCCAUUAUACUUAAAGCAGACAUUAACAUUGGCUGCAUGGUUUAAAAGUGGAAUGUAAAAUACGCCUUGAUUAGGAUGAUAGAAAUCCUCAUUAUUUAGUUUUCAAUUUGAGCGUGUAUAGCCUACACUUUCCUGUUCUGAACUUUUAACGUGAAUGGAGCGGUGGGCUUCGUGACAAUGAUCGUAAGAGCAGCUGCUCAAAGUUGACGGCUCCAACUCAGCUCCACCGUCAAAACAUCUGCUAUGCGGGUGUCUGCCAUCACAGGUUGACGCUUGAUCUGAUUGAAUUUCUGCCUAAGAUUUAAUCUGAUUUAAAUCAAAAUCCACCUUUGUGUGACAAUGUACACCCAUUCCUUUCUGGUGAGGUUUAGUUGGCUGGUGUAGUUUGCCAAUGAAGAGAACUCUUCUGCUUGUUCACUAUGGUCAGCUUAAGCAAAUUUGUAGCAUAAAUUCUGAUCUACAUACAACUCAAUGUGUGGAUCUACAUGCAGUAUUAACUUUAGAACCCAUCUUAUGUUUGUCACAGCAUCGGCUCAUGUGCAUGACCUUACAAUGCUGUGCUACAAUGUAUUGUUUAGUGUAUUUGUCAUUUGUUCCGUUAAAUCUGAACUUUGUACCAACGUUCAUUUCUCUGUGUUCAAUGGGAACCACUGAAUGCAUUUCAUGUGUUGCUUCCGGCUCUGAAUUCCACUUGCACACUCACUACAUGAUUGUAAAAUCCUGCAUUUAAAUUUGUGAAUAAAACAUCAGGUAGUGUAGGUGA